GAUGCCAUAUACAGAUCUGAAGAAGGCAUCUCUCAACUCAAGUUGCUUUCUGGAGCCAGUUUCACAAGCCGUGACUAUAAAAUCCACCAGCCAUCAUAGGGAAGCCAUCAUCCUCCAGGGAGCUGCAGCGAUGAAGGCAUUAGUGCUCACCCUCCUCUUCCUCCUCCUUGCAGCUAGCGAGGCCAAAGUAUUUAACAGAUGUGCACUGGCUUCACUUCUGAAAUGGCAGGGAAUGGAUGGAUUUCAUGGCUACAAAUUAGGCAACUGGGUCUGUAUGGCUUACCAUGAAAGCAGGUACAACACCCAAGCUGUGGGGCCACCAAACCUGGAUGGCAGUCGCGACUACGGGAUUUUCCAGAUAAACAGCCGCUGGUGGUGCAACAAUUACAAGGGUCGUACAUCUAAUGGCUGCAAUAAGCCCUGCAGCGCUUUCACCGAUGAUGACAUCACAGAUGAUAUUGUCUGUGCUAAGAGAAUUGUGCGUGAUCCCAAUAAGAUGGGUGCCUGGGUUGCCUGGAGAAAUAACUGCAGAGGAAAAGAUCUGUCAAAAUGGACUCGUGGUUGCAAGCUCUGA